AGACAAUAAUUACCUUAUCUCAAAACCUAUUUAACGAAAUCAUUCAUUAAGAUUGAUUAUAGUACCCGUCUGACUGGUACUUUAGGCUAGUCAGUCACAAAACAGAGAACAAUAUGAAAACACCGCUGUUAUUUCUCGCUGUGAUAUUAUUGGUCCAAAAUGGACAGAGUGCCAAUAUUUUAGGGAUUUUUCCCAUGGGGGCGGGUAGCCACUACAUCCUAGCUACCAAACUGAUGUUGGGACUGGCCGAAGCUGGACAUAACAUCACUUUUGUCAGUCCGUACGAGUUCAAAACUCAGCCCAAGAGUGGAUCCAUCAAAAACGUAUUGCUAGAAGGUGCAGGAGAAGAAUUUCAAAAGCUACUUGUACAGAAACAAACUUGUUUGAGCAAAACAAACAAAAUUUGCUGUUAAGCGUGAGCAGCAUGCUCAAAAAGUUCGUAAGAACGGUGAACGACACUCUAAAUGACAAAAAUGUCGACAAACUCUUGAAAUCCGAUCAAAAAUUCGAUGCCGUCAUCAUGGAACAAUUCUCAAACGAUGCCUUGAAAGUAUUUGCUUAUUUAUACGAAUGCCCUUUGAUAUUACUGAGUUCAGUGGGGCCAAAUAAUUUCGUCAACCCUACAGUAGGUAACCCGGAAGCCAUAUCUUAUAUCCCUAACAUGAUGGUCAAGGCUAGCCGUAAUAAACCGAUGACUUUCUUUGAAAGAACCAAGAAUGUGCUCUUCCAUAUCAUCUUCGUCCAAUUGAAACACUACCUUUUCCUUCCACAACAAAACGAAGUGCUUCAUGAACGAUUCCCUGAUGCUCCAGAAGUAACUGAUCUCUACCUAAAUGCUUCCUUGGUGCUGCUAAACUCACACUCAAGCAUGUACCCUGCUCAAGCCUUGGUACCAAACAUGGUAGAGAUUGGAGGGUACUUCAUUGAUCCUCCCAAGAAGCUGCCAAAAGAUUUGCAAGAGUUUUUGGAUAACGCCAAAGAUGGUGCUAUAUAUUUUAGUAUGGGAUCGAAUUUGAAAAGUAAAGAUAUUACUGAGGAGAGAAAGAAGAUUAUUUUGAAGGUCUUGGGCAAAUUGAAGCAGAAGGUUAUUUGGAAAUUUGAACAGGAGUUGCCGGGAAAACCAGAUAAUAUACUUAUCAAAAGUUGGUUGCCUCAACAAGACAUUUUAGCUCAUCCAAACAUCAAACUCUUCAUAACCCACGGAGGACUCUUAAGUACAACCGAAACAGUGUACCACGGAGUACCCAUUCUUGCCAUACCCAUCUUCGCCGACCAGCCAAUGAACGCUGAACGAGCCCAAGCUGCUGGCUACGGCCUGACAGUUCCCUACACAGACGAAGAAUUCACAGAAGAAAACUUCAGCCACGCCCUUGAAGAACUCCUUCACAACCCAAAGUACCGGGAAACAGCUCAAAGAGUCUCCAAGUUGUUCCACGACAGACCCAUGAAACCCAUGGAUACCGCAGUGUACUGGGUGGAUUACGUGAUAAGGAACAAAGGUGCCAGGCAUUUGAGGGUAGGAAGCAUACACCAGACUUGGUACCAGUAUUAUAUGGUGGACGUGAUAUUAUUUUUAUUAUUCUCAGUAUUAAUAUUUGUAAAAAUAGUUAAGUUUGUAGUAGUUAAGGUGUUUAAGACUGUUAGAAGUAAGGUUAUAGGACAAAAUAAAAUAAAAACUCAAUAGAUA